AUGGCACCACCCACAGUACUAUCUAUCUGCCUUGUCUGUUCCUGACAGAACCUAAUUAAGACAGCAUCCUGGGGGAUGCUGCUUCUGAGUGCCCGGGUGCUCUCCUGGCAGCUUGUACUUCUAUUAAAGCAGUAUUGGAACUACCCAGUCACCAUGGCAGUGUCCAUGCAUGAGUGCAAACUCUUCCCAUCUGUCACUCUAUGUGACAUGAAUGCACAUAGGCAUAAUAGUAUUGGCAGCAACUGCUUCUAUUGUGCCUACUCCUCAGGUGUGCCAGCUGCUCAGGAAUGAUAUCACUUCCCCUACAUGGACAUCUUGGCCCUACUCCUCACUGCCUGGGAGGACAGUCACCAAAGUCCUGGUGACCACUUUGUCUUACAGGCUGUGGCCCCUCAAGGCAUACAUGACAGGGUAGAAGGUGAUAAGCAUCUAAGCAUGGCCUUGGGUUUCUGGCACUUCCAGAAGUUCCACCACAGGACCUAUGGUAACUGCUAUACCUUUAAGGGUGUCUGGAUUGCACAGAGUCCUGGCAUCACCAAUGGUGAGGGCUAAUCCUCAGGAUCAAAAAGGCAAGAUCAUCUCCCUCUUUUGUCCUUGGAGGCUGAACUCAACGUCAUGAUUCAUAGAUACAACCACACACCCUUCUGGAAAGCAGUGGCUUUAGCUUCUGACCAAGGACUCAGAAUACCAUUGGAAUUCUACAAGUGCCUUCUCCACAACUCCUCGGGUCACGGCUUCUACCGAUGCUACCAGGACCUGGAAACCUGCCAGCUUUCUUGUCUUUCCCACUGCCCCAGACUUUGCAAGCAAGACGGGACAAUGGGAAGCAAUAUGGCCAAGGUGAAAAUUCUAAUCCAGGAGCUUAACUACCACAUUGUGAAUGAGGCAACAGUAUACUCUGAGGAGUGGUUCCACAGCUGUUGUGCCAUGGGCAGCCUCUGGAGACUGGUCCGUUCAUCUAUCCUGUCUGUGCUAGAGCUGCUAUUGGAUGUCACUAUCCUUGCCCUGCUGCUGCUGGAAAAAGGGAAGUUGAAGGCAUUGGUGGGCCCCCCAAAUAAGGGACCACUGGACCUAUCAGAGGCCCAGCCCAAGGAGUGA